GUUAAUCAAGAGGAAGUGGUCAGGUUCUGGAUAUGGGUGUGUGGGUGUCUUGAAACCAGUAUGCAUGUGAGAAAUAGUGCACAGGAGGAUACAGGGAUACAGGUUUACUACUGUGAUUGAAGGUAUAACAGAGCUCCUAUAGUCAACAGUCAAUAUUCAUAGUCAUCCAUAAUAGGAUCCCUACUCAAAAUGAAGUUCUUCAGUGUUCUUUGGCUCUGGAUGUUUCUGUCAGAAUUUAAGAGUACAGGUGGAAUUUCUGGAUAUAUAGGAAGACACAUCACAAUUAAAUGUUCCCACCACUGGGCUUCAACCAACAUAAAGUAUUUCUGCAGAGAUCCAUGUGGAGACAGAGAUGUAUUAGUUAAAUCUGACCGGUCACCUGAAGGGAGAUACAGACUGGAGGAUUUUGGGACAGGAACCUUCAACGUGACCAUCACUGAACUACAGGAGUCAGACUCUGGGAUUUACCGGUGCGGAGUGCAGAGAGUUGGAAUAGACACAUAUCAGAAAGUCAACCUGAUAGUACAGAAAGACAACACAAAGAACUUGGAAGAAGUGACUCAUCUGAGGACGAUGGAAACACAAACAGGGACAACUGCUGAAAUACAAGCGACUACACCAAGACACUCUUUUCCCAUAUCUUCAACCACUAAGCAAGGCACACACUCACUGACAUCUACAGCACAUGGUCCAGCUGUCAAAAAAGCAGUGCCUGUGUAUUUUAUUCUCUAUGGUGCUGCCGGAUUGGUUGUCAUGUUGAUCAUAUUUGCAGUUGGACUGGUCUCUUGUCAGUGGAGAAAGAGAGUCAAGAAAUCAAGACGUGUUACGGUUAGAUCUACACACAAUGAUCGUCACAGCGAGGAGGCCAUCGGUGUUUAUGAGAACGCUCCUGACGACAGACCCUACGCCACCAUAAAGAAAUCCAGUAUCAAGUCUAACGACAUGAGCCAAUCGGAUCCAAUAUAUCAGAACCUACACUUCAACACUAGCCAAGGAGACGAUAUCUAUGGCAAUCUUCGAAUAUAUUAAAAAUAUGCAAUCUUUUAGCAUCAACCUCAAGUUCAAACGCUCAACAUGUUCUACAUUAUUGUGAAAUAAUUUCUGAAAACAGUGGAAAAACAUAUCUGCAGUACAUAAGUUUUAAGAACAUGUUACUUUAAUGUAUAAUUGUGCCAUUAUUUGUGCAGAUAUACAUUUCUUCUGCAAAGGAACUUGACCAUUCUCCUAAAUAGUCAUGAGUUAUGAUAAUGAAACGCUACAACAGCUGUAGCAGUAGCAAAUUGAGAGUUUAUUGAGGAAAAGGUCGUAGUUUAUAGUGAAUAUGUGUUCCCCAUACCAAAGUGAAAAGAGAAAAGUGUUAUGUAGACUGGUGGGCUUCUCACCAACAAAUUAUACCUUACCAUGUGUAAAUUUUGCAUGUGAAAGAGAACAAUUAAGGGUUGCAAUAUGACUAGAUUGUUCUUAUUAAAUGCCCAAAUGUGUAGUUAUUUAGCCCAUUUAUAACUUGGUGUUCUUUUACUGAAUGACUUGACUAGCCUGUGUUUAGUAUUAAAAAAAUAUAUUGUCUAUAUAUUAGGUAUCAUUGUACAUGUAAAGCACAGCAUCCUUAAAAUAAAAUGAAUUAUUCUAACCAAUGAAUACAUUUGUUUGCACUGAG